AAGCAAAAGGUUCAGUCUCUUGGGAGUCUUAUUGGGUAUGGAGAAUUUAUUGGUAUUUUAGGUGCUAUUCAAAAUAUUCAAGGGUCUAGCUGGUUUUGGUUGCAGUUGGAUGUCCUGGAAUUAUUGUACAGGACAUAGAAAAUAUUUUACAAGCACUUUCUGAGGAGUGAACAAGAUGAGCUGCAGAGACAUUGUGGACUUGAUUAGUGAUGAUGAAGCUGGACCAGUGGAUGUAAAAGCUGUUAAGUUGGAGCCAGAUUCUGUUGGAAGCACAUUCCUUCAAAAGUACAACCAUAACCAGACAUCUGAGCAUCGGAAGUCCAAAACCCAACCUAGAAGACAAGAAUCUGAAGAAAAUAAAAGUUCAAAUGCUCUAAGUGCUGGGCAAAGUAGCAAUAGCGUAUUGGAGCAAGGACAGUCACCGGUUGAUGACACAGGCAUCUCUUCUACAUCAUCUAUAUGUCCAGCUCCUCUUUGUCGGCAAUUCUGGAAAGCUGGGAACUAUGAAGAUGGGCUUGGUUCUAAGGUCACAUUUCAAAAUGGCAAAAAUUUUUUACAUGUCCACCCUAUGUUCCUUCAUUCAAAUGCCACUUCACAUAAGUGGGUCUUUGGUGCUGUUGCAGAGCUUCUUGACAACGCUGUGGAUGAGAUCCAAAAUGGGGCCACUUUUGUCAUUGUAGAUAAAACCACAAAUCCAAGGGAUGGAAAUCCGGCAUUAUUAUUUCAAGACGAUGGAGGUGGAAUGGACCCUGAAGCAAUGCGACACUGCAUGAGUUUUGGGUUUUCAGAUAAAAAACUGAAAUCAGCAAUUGGAAAAUAUGGCAAUGGCUUCAAGACCAGCUCUAUGAGACUUGGUGCAGAUGCUGUCGUCUUCAGCCGCCAUGUAAACAAUAGGACCUUUACUCAAAGCAUUGGUCUUCUCUCUUAUACAUUCUUGACACAGACAGGCCUUGACAGAAUUGUAGUACCUAUGGUGGAUUACGAGUUCAACACAUCAACUGGCACAUUAGAUAAAUUGCAUGAUAGAGAACGUUUUAGGUCAAAUCUUUCCUUGAUGUUGCAGUGGUCUCCUUUCUCUUCAGAAGCAGAGCUUUUGAAGCAAUUUGAUGACAUUGGAUCACAUGGCACAAAAAUUAUCAUCUACAACUUAUGGUUCGGUGGUGAUGGUAAUACGGAGCUAGACUUUGAUUCAGAUCCUGAGGAUAUUCAAAUUAAUGUGGAUAUUAAAAAAAAAGAGAAGUCAAUCACUGAACAGCACAUAGCUAACAGGUUCCAUUAUUCUCUGCGUGUGUACCUUUCCAUAUUGUACAUACGGAUUCCUGAAAGUUUCAGCAUAAUAUUGCGUGGGCGCAUUGUUGAGCAUCAUAAUAUUGCUAAUGAUCUCAAAUUUCCAGAAUUCAUCUUGUAUAGACCCCACAGUGGUGGAUGCGUGGAGGGUACAGUUAUAACUACAAUUGGUUUUCUAAAAGAAGCUCCAAAUGUUAAUAUCCAUGGCUUCUGUGUGUACCACAAGAAUCGUCUAAUUUUGCCAUAUUGGAAGGUAGUUACCUAUUCUAGUAAUAGUAGGGGAAGAGGAGUUGUUGGUGUUUUGGAAGCAAAUUUUGUGGAGCCAACUCAUAACAAACAAGACUUCGAGAGAACUUCCCUUUUCCAAAAGCUUGAAACUCGGUUGAAGGAAAUGCAAUGGGAAUACUGGGAUUAUCAUUGUGCACUGAUUGGCUAUCAUGCCCAUAAAAAGCCUCGAGUAACAGUUGCAUCGCAGGAUUCAUCUCAUUCUGCACAACCUAGGAAUAUAAAACCUGUAGUGUUAAAUCAUAGUUCCGCUCCUGUUGGUAGCACAAAAACAUCCAAUCCCUCCCACUCAUUAGUUGGAAGAGCAGAGCAAUUAAUACCCAUUUCUCAAGGCACCACAAAACCAGGAUCAUGUAAGAGGAAGGAAUACGGGGAGUUAUUGGAAUUUGGAAAUGUUAAAAAGCACUCUGGUAAAGAGGCUAGCAUGAGUGAUGUUGGUCAGAGUUUGGACACACAGCCUGUCAUUACUACUGUCAACCAAUUGAGAAGUCAAGAAGCCAUAAACUUGAUGCAAGAAAACAAGAAGCUCAGUGCUAACUACUUCGAAUAUGAUAAGAGGAUUGAAGAACUUAAUCACAAGAUGACACGGCUUCAAAGUGAACUUGAAGAGUUGGAACGGGAAUAUAAGGAACAACUGGCUGAAGUAGAAGCAUUGGAUGCCAUAAAAGAGGAAAGAAAGGUGUAAACAGUAGGUUCUACAUGUUUUUUUUUUUUU